AUGGCCUCCAUCAUAGCAACAUGCAAGCAGACCAGAUUCCAUCUGCUAGACGAUAAGCCGGCGCAGGAGAUCGAUGUGGAAGGUCUCUCCAUCGCUGUGGCAGGCUCACCAGACAGCGCCGCGGAGCCCGCAAAACCAAAGACAAAAGGGAAAUCCAAGCUCAAGGCCGAGGCGCGGGAACUCAUCGUCGAUGCGCACCUGCGUCUCAAGUCCGGCGUGCAUUACGGCCUCAUCGGACGGAACGGGACGGGCAAAUCCACACUUCUCCGCGCCAUGGCUGAUAAGCUGGUCCCUGGAAUCCCGCAUCCGACUCGCAUGGCUAUCCUGCAACAGACGGAGGGGGAGGACUCGGCCGACGCUUUUGCGGCAGAAAGUACGGAAGGAGCGAGGCAGGAGCUGCCUGUUCUAGAAUAUGUCAUGGCUAGCGACCAGUUUCGGAACGAGGUUGUACGGAAGCUCAACUUUCUGUCGAAAAGCUUCGAGACGGAGGAUCCCAUGGAGCCAGUGCGGGUGAUGCGCAGGGUCCGGCACGAUGAGGUUGAGAAGCAGCUGUUUCUUGCGCAGAAGAAUGCAAGCCUGAAGAGCGGGGCGAGAGGGCUGCAGGCGCGGAAGGACUUGAAAGCGGCGGAGGCGAGAUAUCAGGCUUCGAAGGAGCUGUUGGACCACUCCGAAUCCGACCAGCCUGUCGACCCUGAGGUGAUCAAGAGCGAAACACAGGCGGCGAUGGAUUCCCUACAAGAGCUACAGGCUCAAUUCGAGGCCAUGAAACUCGUUGAUAUCGAGCAGCAAGCUCGCCAGAUUCUUCUCGGACUAGGAUUUGACGAAGCAGCGCUGCGCAAACCUUUCCUGACUCUAUCCGGAGGCUGGCGCAUGCGCUGCAUGCUGGCGGGCGUUCUCGUCCAAAACCCGGAUAUCAUGAUCCUGGACGAACCGACCAACUUCCUGGACCUACUAGGGGUGGUGUGGCUGGAGAAAUACCUACAGCAACUGCGGGAUACGUCCCCGAUGACCCUCAUCCUGGUCUCUCACGACCGCGACUUUGUCAACGCUGUCUGCGGGGAGCUCAUCAUCCUCCGGGACCAGAAACUGACUUACUUCCGGGGAAACCUGUCCGCGUACGAAAAGGACUUUGAAGAGCAGAAGCUGUACUGGGGCCGCAUGAAGGAGGCGCAGGAGCGGCAGGUCGCGCACAUGGAAGCGACGAUCCGCGAGAACAUCAAGCUGGGGAAGAAAAACAACGACGACAACAAGCUACGGAUGGCCAAGUCGCGGCAGAAGAAAGUCGACAACCGUAUCGGCGUUCAGGUCAGCGCCACCGGCGGACGAUUCAAGCUGAAUCGCGAUCUGGUGGGCUACCAUUUGACCGCGCGCGCCGAAAUCGAAGUUCCCACGGACGAACGAGGCGCGUCUAUGGUUCUGCCGGAUGCGAGCGAGCUGCGAUUCCCGGGUCCGCUGGUCUCAGCGGAGGAGGUGGUCUUCCGCUACAAGCGGGGUGAUCCGCCAACCUUGAACGGCGUCGAGCUGGUGAUGCACAUGGGGGACCGCGUGGGGAUUAUAGGGCUGAACGGGUCCGGCAAAUCGACCCUCAUCCGUCUGUUGACGGGCGAUCUGCCGCCUACCCAGGGCAAGAUAUCUACUCACCCGCGGCUAAAACUCGGGUACUACGCGCAGCAUUCGAUCGAUGAACUGCACGAGGAAGGUCGCGCGGACCCCACCCUGACCGCCCUCGCACUCAUGAUGAAGCAGAUCGGAGAUACAGGCGCAGGCACGUUCAGCGAAGGCGAGGUCCGCGGCUUGCUCGCGUCCCUCGGUCUGCAGGGACGGAUUGUCUCAGACGUGCCGGUUGCACGACUCUCCGGCGGGCAGCUGGUGCGUCUGGCACUUGCAAAAGUGAUCUGGAACGCACCGCAUUUGCUCGUUCUGGACGAGAUCACGACGCACCUCGAUUUCCACACCGUGACGGCUCUCGCGACGGCGCUCUCUGUGUUCAACGGGGCUGUGCUGCUGGUUUCGCAUGAUCGUUUCUUGGUGAGAUCGGUGAUUGAGGGGAGACGAGACGGGGAGCACAAGCUGGAUGGUGAGUUUAAAGGGGUGGCGGAGGAGGAGGAGAAGGCAGAUGAGGAGCAGAGGCGUAGACGGUCGGUAUACGUGAUGAAGUCCGGGAAGCUUGUAGAGCAAGCCAAUGGGGUGGAACAGUUUGAGCAAAGUCUGGUGAAGAAAGUCAGGAAGAUGUUGUCGAAGUGA